UCUUCGCCAUCUCUCUCUCUCUCUCUCACGACUCAGCUCGGCAGCUGAAGUCCUUGCAUGCUGCUGAAGACGGGCUUCCAUCACCAGAACACGCACUCACGACCGCGACCAUGACCAUGACCAUCAACAUGCCUCUGCGCUUGCGGACUGAGCAUACGCCCCAAAUGCCGACAUACCAGCCCCAGAAUCAAGCCGACGCAGGACCUUCGACCAAGAUCAGUGUCAACAUCAGCAUGCCUCGGUCUGCCGUCGACAAUGUCCUCGAAAAUUCGGAACUCCUCGCAAACAUCCUAUCCUCCCUCAACAGUCGCACUCUCCUCCACUGCUCUGGAGUCAACAGAACUUGGCUGAAAACGAUUUCCAACUCAGCCCAGUCCCGACGCAACCUCUGGAUCCAGCCACCGACUCAACCAGGUCGAUUUCCAAGGCCAUACCUCAACCCAUUUUUCACUUACUAUUAUCCAAAUCUUGCCAUCAAUGCUUGGGUCAAGCGCGAGUAUUCGGACGCCACGGACUAUGUGAUCAGGUUCGCGUGCAAGAACAAGUUGGCGAUGCUGGGACGAGGCAGUUGGAGAGAUAUGCUGGUGUUUUGGCCCAGCGAGCGGGCAGUGGGAGAGUUGAUCGUUCAAGUAGAGGACGAGGACACACCGUGCGUUUACGAUGUGUUCCCUAUGACGAUGGACUGGAGUCAGACGGUGACGUUGGGAGCUCUGGUGGAUUUGAUUCUUGCUAGCUGA